UCCUGUCUUCCUGGCUUUGCUAGCUGUUGAAACAGUGGAGCUUGCCUCGUGUGUGUGUGUGUGUGUGUGUGUGUGUGAGAUUGUGGGUGUGGGUAGUUUAACCUUUUUAUAUCUUAGCUGCCUGUAAACUCAGUGAUUGCUAGGUUCAGAUCAAACCUUGAACUUGUUUUUUUCCUGGCGCCAGGAGCCUUCCUGGGCUCCCCAUUCCCUGCCGGAACCACUGCCAUUUCCCAUGGUUACUCUACAACAGCUUCACUGGCUGAAAAUGAAAACUGAACAAAGGGAUUAAAUUGUGAGAACGACUGUCAAUCUAUUAUAUAUUUGUACAAUCUGGUAUUAAAAUGCUUUCCCCAAAAGAUAUUCUGCGAAAAGAUCUGAAGUUGGUCCAUGGUUGUCCCAUGACCUGUGCUUUUGUGAACAACUGGGAAAAAAUUGAACAGUUCCAUAGCAGACCAGAUGACAUUGUGAUAGCCACUUAUCCUAAAUCAGGUACUACUUGGGUUAGUGAAAUUACAGACAUGAUUCUAAAUGAUGGAGAUAUUGAAAAAUGUAAGCGAGGUUUUAUUACCGAAAAAGUUCCAAUGUUGGAAAUGACUCUCCCUGGAUUAAGAAUAUCAGGUAUAGAACAAUUAGAGAAGAAUCCAUCACCCCGGAUUGUGAAAACACAUCUACCAACUGAUCUUCUUCCUAAGUCUUUCUGGGAGAACAAUUGCAAGAUGAUUUAUCUGGCUCGUAAUGCCAAGGAUGUUUCAGUCUCAUAUUACCAUUUCGACUUAAUGAAUAAUUUACAACCUUUUCCUGGUACCUGGGAAGAAUAUCUGGACAAAUUCAUAACUGGAAAAGUGGCCUAUGGUUCCUGGUUUACUCAUGUUAAAAACUGGUGGAAAAAAAAGGAAGAACACCCAAUACUUUUCUUGUACUAUGAAGAUAUGAAAGAGAAUCCAAAGGAAGAAAUCAAGAAGAUCAUUAGAUUUCUAGGGAAGAACCUGAAUGAUGAGAUCUUGGAUAGGAUCAUCAAUCACACCUCAUUCGAAGUGAUGAAGGACAAUCCUUUGGUAAAUUAUACACAUCUACCAACUACAGUGAUGGAUCAUAGCAAAUCCCCUUUUAUGCGUAAAGGGACGGCUGGUGACUGGAAGAAUUACUUCACAGUGGCUCAAAAUGAGAAAUUUGAUGCAAUUUAUAAGACAGAAAUGUCCGAAACUGCACUUCAAUUCCGCAUAGAGAUUUCACGUGUCUAAAUCACAAAUCUGAAGAAAUAAGAGAUUGUCUGUAGUUGAUUGAAACGAGGGCAGUUAUGAAUUGAUUUGGGCAAUCAAAUGAAUUUAUGAAGCAGAACAAUAUGCUUUUAAUAUGUUGAUUCUUUUCAAUGUCAUUAAACAGAUCUCAAUUUUGUUCCUUUGAUUCUGAGGUUCCAAAUUCUCUAAGGCUAAAGUUCAUUGUUAACUUUUUGUAACAAAGGAACAGUGUAACCACAGGCUCUUCCUGCCUUUUUCUACACUAGAACUAAUAAGAAAGAAGGGAUUUAUUUUACUUAAUCUCCCAUAUAUUAUGAUUUAGAAUUAAGUUCCCCUCCCUAGUACCAUGGUCCAAGAAAUGCUGUUUUCAUAAUGAGACUGUAUUUCUUAACUCUGCCCCAAUUUCCCUUUGCUGAAAAUUUGACCCAGGACACUGUGUUCCACUGCUGUCUACCGAGUUUCAAGUUGUUCUCUGAGUCAUAGCUCAUCUUCCUGCAGUGCCUCUAUUUGGAUAACAUAGUUCAUGUCCCCGAUCGUGUAGUUAAGAUUUUGGAAAUGUUUUUUCUAUAUCGUGCCUAAUGUCUAAGUCUCCCAAAGGCAAACACCUACAAUAGUCUCUGUAGGAUUCUUUCCUGGGAACUGGGGCUUUGUUCUGAAAACCAACCCUGAGGGCUGUGACCUGCUUCCUAUGGCGAGUCCUCUUUUUCCCAACACACCCGUUUGAACUUCAGAGAAAUCACCUACUGCUGUGUUCUGGUCACCAUUUGGGAACUUCAGUUACUUAAUCUUAUGUUUGAAUAGAUAUGGAUACUUUAAUAGCACAUUUAAUACCCUAGACAUCAUCAUAACCUCUGUAGAAUAUUUCCCAGUCUGGUGCCCAAGGAGGACUCUCUAGACUGAAUCUCCACUCUGCCCUCCUGACCCAAUGUUCCUUCUACUUAUUAUUACGUGCUUAUGUCUAUUUGUUUGGUCUCUGAUCUAUGGUUUUUUUUUUUUUUUUUUUUGACAUUUGUUCAUCAACUCCAGCUUUGCAUUAGAAGUAGUUGUUUAUAUAUCCAUUUGCAACAAAGUAUUUUUCCUGAGAUCAGAUCACAAGUGCCACGUUAUAUGCCAAGCCAUGGUUCUCAAGCUGAAGGUAGAGUACCCUGGGCCCUUACUUGUUCUGAAAGGGGUGGUGAUGGUGGUUCAGACACAUUGCUAGACUUUCUGAGUCACAACUGAGGUAGCUAUGGCUUAUGGUAUUUUGACUUCACAGGUGAAUCUCUGCUGUCAGCCAGGAACAGCUAAAAUAGCUCCUUAAGCUGUAAUGUUUCUCUUUUCCAACUCCAGCAAAGGAUUUGUCUAAUGUUAACCACAAACCCUAUAGAAGUAGUACACCUAUUAUUCUGGAGAUAGUUGCUUCUAUAGAUUUAUUACAAUAUGUAUUAUAGAGUAUUUGAGUAUAUAAUUUGUGUUUGUUUUCCACAGAAACAUAUUUUAUAGUAGUUAAUCGUGACUAUCUAAAGGUAUUGUGAACUAGUUGCAGUUUUCUCCAAUACCCUUGUCCACAAGAAGUAAACUAAAAUCAUGUAUCUAUUUCCUCUAUUAUCUUUAUUAAAUAAUAAGUUAAUGUGGCCUGAAUAUAUAUGGAUUUCUGAUACUAUAGUCUAUUACUGGGGAAAAAACACCACUAAACUAUCCUCUACUCUGUGGAGUAGAUUAGCUACACUUUCUUCACUAGCAAGAUAAAAUAAUUUCCACUUUUUCUAGUUUUACUAUGUAGAAAUAAGUCUCUGUAAUUCGACUGUAUUCAACAACAACUUAGUGAGUUGUAAUUAUGCCUCAGGUAUGGUUCUAUGCACUGAGUGAAGAGUGGAGAUAAAAAUAGAAUUUAGAUUUUCCUGUACUUUUUUAAAUAGGUUGUUGCCUUUUAUAUAUUUAUUCUAUGAUGCAAAUGUCACUAUCCUAAUUCCUCAGUUUAUGUUCAACAUCACACAGUGGCACUUCUAUGACUCAAAUACAUUUGAUAUCCUUUGAAAUCAUUCAGAAUACUUCACAAUUAAUUUUUCUAAAACAAUGCUUUUAUCAUUAUUUCUCCUAUUGAAUCAUCAGUACAAUUUCCAAAUGAAAACACUUAAUCUCAUAUUACUAUCUUUCUCUAAUAGAACCAUGAUGUAAGGACAGUGAUAACAAAUAUCUGACAAUGAUAUGAUUAUUUCCUCAUCCAUGGAAAUUCUCCUUAAUCAACUAAAGGGCUAUUUUCUAAAAAGCCAAAGCAUUGCUUCCAAGAACUUUUCAUCAUGACAUGGAUAGACAUUCAGAUUCAGACACUCAAAGGAAAGUGUCAAGUGUUCCCUUUCACUCCACUCUAUUCUAUUGUGUUAUCUUCCUAAAUUAUUUUCUAUCCACAUUCUUCACUCCCUUUCCCAUUGACCCUAUGUUCUGUGUGAUAAAAAUUGCAUCAUUUGUGGCUUUUGAAGGUUAAGUUUUAUGCCCCAUUUCACCAUUAAUAAACAUACAACUCUACUCCAUAUUUUGGAACUCCUUUCAUACACAGAAAAAAAAAGUAAAAUUUCUUCAAAAUGCUUGAUAUUGAUGAUAUAUGGGAAAACAAUUAUUUGGUGCAGUGAUCUUCAGAUAACUGGGAAAGGCCAGGGCAAAAGGAGAGAUACUGGUGGUGAUCAAUGGACCCGUGUAUAAAUUGUUUUUCUUAUGUAAGCUAUCUUCACACAUGUUUUAUUAUGUAUGAUCAUUAGAACUGUUUUAUAUAUAUGUAAAAUUUCCACAUUAUUUAGGCAUUACUUUCAGCAGCGAAGUAAUCCUUUUUUAGCUGCCACUUAAUGAAUACAAUACAAUAUAAUUUAUUGUAUUUUGCUAUAGUAAACCUAUUGAUGACUAUUUGUGUGCCAUUAUGACAUUUAACUGGCUUAUAUUUUGAAAUCUCAUGUGUGUUUUUUGUGGCUAUUUUAAUUUUCCACCCUCAAAAUAUAGACGAGUAUCUUUGUAGUAGGAAAAUCAUAAAAAUUAACAGCUUCUUCCCUAGUUAAUAACCCUGCAUAUUAUUUUUGUGUAUGGAGCAGGGGAUAAAUCAGGAGGGUAUUUGAGGCAACACUGAAGACCAAGCAAUACAGAACAAAAGAUAAGAGCACAAAAUCUGUAAUUAUAAAGCCAUUUUAGAAUUAGGUCUUUGCCACUUUCUAGCCAUGAAAGCUUGAGCAAAUCACAACGUUUCUGUGCUCAAUUCCUUAUCUGUACGAUGUAGACAAUGAGUAUUUCUUGCAAAGAUGAAAUAAUGUAUAAAACAAUUAGAACAGUGCCUAGCAUACUUCAAUGUGCUCGUUUAAUAUUAGCUGCCAUGAAGGUAAUCACUGUGAAAAUCCUGAAAUUUUAUUUAUUUAAAUGGGAUUGAGGCUUCGGAUUUCUUGUUCCACACUGCUAGCUGGCUUCAAAAUGUACAGAUGUUUUGCAAAUUACUGGGAGGCAAGGAGGUUUCUGGCUUCAUUACUGUUUCCAUUGUUCUUUUGUUGUUUGCUACCAAGUUAAAUUUUUCACAUGUGUCAAGUACUCCUGCUUAAUGCAUUACUUUCAAGUACUUAAUAUUUUCAAUGUGUGUCAAUGAUCAUCGUUCAAUAGAAAAGCACAACACUGUAACGAUUGGAAUAACACUGCAAAUGAUGUAUAGGUUGUAAUAAUCCAGCUAUUGGAAAAAAUAAAGAUGAGUUACCUACUGUGACAUA